CAUUUCUUCCUUGUUUUUUUUCUGUCACAGAAUGGCUGGGCGCGACCAAUCUCAAGAUCGCAGCCGGGAUGCGGCCCGAAGGAAACGGGUACCAGCCCCAACGAUUAAGAAGGAUUCAUGCGGACCAAUCUUUGGAACCCCUGUCAAGUCUGACACCAAGGACGAUCUGAGCAGGACUGUCCAAAAUACUUUGGGCCUCUAUGACAACUUUAAAGUUUUAAAGCCACACGAACUGGGACGCUUGCAUGGUGUACAGUACCAGCCUCAAACACCUGUACCAGGAGACACCAAGAACAUCAGCCACUUCCCUGUCAUCAAUGGACAGACCAAGCCAUCAGGACAGCAUUCCUUGACGCCUAGUGGCAGUGGCAAAACCAGUAGUCAGGUAAAGAGUAGUCCAGCCGAGGGAUCAUCGUCACAUCGACAUGGCAGCUCAAAGCCGGCUCCAGCUGGUGCUUCAUCAUCCUCUUCCAAGGGUGUCAAGCGCGAGCCUGGGACCGCUUCGCAGCUGUCAUCGUCAUCGUCGACGACUUCCUCGUCGUCUUCUAAAACUGCCCACCCUUCCAACCAUGAGAAAUCAAAGGAUAGCAGUCAGAGACGGUCUAAAGACGGUACCUCUGGGGUUAAACCAACAACGAAGGCUCCAGUAUCGGGUAGCUCUGCGGAAUCGAGCAAUUUGCAGCCGAAGGCAUCAACGAAUCAGUCAUCCAAACCGCAUGGCACGCCAUCGUUAUCGUCAUCAUCAUCCACUUCCAAGCCAGGGAGCUCUCGCCCCUCCACAACAAACUCUGCCAGUAGAGGGAGUAGUAACAGCUCUUCCAACUCCAACGCCUCCGAUUCCAAAACGGUUCUCCACCCCAACGGCCUUUUGACAGAGACGUGUCUCAGUAUUACGAACUAUCCCCCGAAACAGAGUGGUGCGAAAAGUGAACAGAAGGAUAGUAGCAAGCAGGCCAGUGGUGGUCACAGUAAAAAGGACUCUGGUCCACUCAGAGAUCUGCCAUUCAUAUCCCCCAUGCCUGAUAUCAUUGCUGACUUCCAGUCUAGAUCCGCACCUAACCCAGCUAGAGAAGGGAAGAAGGAUCGAGAUGGAGAUGCCAAGCAACGUCCAAGGCUGGAUAUUCCAAAAAAGGGUACUCACCAAGGUCACAGUAAACAUAAAGAAGUGGAAAAGAUUUUUGAGAAAAUGACUGCUUUGAAGACUCCAGUAUCUGCCAUACAGACACCUGUCAAAGCUGAAGUGCCUAAGUUUCCCUUUGACGACCUUUCGCAUACAAGUGGUGCACAGCCUACAGUCCCACGUAAGAAGCUGGUUGAAACUAUCAACAAGGAUGCUGAGAAGAAGACUAGCAAGGAUGACAAGGAGGGCAAAGGUUCAAGGUAAGAAAGAGAGGCAGGGAGGAAGAGCGAGAGAAGGAGUGAUGAUGGAGAAGGUUUGCACUGGUGUGAGAGGUGGAAGAAAGAAACAGAAUGAUGAGAUUUUUGUUGUUGUAAGUUUGAUAGCGAAUGCGGGGAUAGUACACUGUAAAAAAACACAAACAUAACCUGUGAUGAGUAGAUGUAUCAAUAAAGCAGAGAGGAAGAGAAAUUAUUGAUUCAUCCAACAUUUGUCAAUCAGGCAAUAGAAAUGGACUUAGAUGUCUGUAUAGGCCUUUUCCAUUAGCUGAAUUAAAUGCUAUCUUGUGAAGAUGUGGUCUUCGGUUUCAUCAACCCCUGAAAAUGUAUUUAAAAAAGGAAGAGAAGAAGAACAUUUCAUGCAUCACUUCAUUCAUCCAUUAAAAAAAAGUAUUAAAAUAGAUUUGAAAACAUCAAACAAAAAAAGAUAUGUAAAUAGGUUUUGUCAAUUUGAGGAUAACCUGUUUAAAAUGUUGGAGACAACAAUAUUUUGUGCAUCAUUUCAUCCAUCCAAAAUGCAAUUCAGAUUGUGUUGGUAAUGAAAUGAUAUAAGGUGCUGCCAGUUUAAGGAUUAUCUGGUUAGAAAUUAAUGAGUCA